CAACGUAGGGAGGUCCCUGAACAUAUCGCUCGACCAGACUAUGCCUUACAUCCAGCUGGAAUACCACUCAGCGAACAAGCUGUAAAGGGUUCUGGUCAGAUAAAAAUCCUCAAUGAUGAAGAGAUUGAGGGCAUGAGGAUCGCAUGCAAGCUUGGUCGUCAAGUCUUGGACGAAGCUGCAAGAACGUGCGACGUUGGCGUUACAACGGCUGAAAUUGAUAGAGUAGUGCACGAAGCUUGUAUCGAAAGAGAUUGCUAUCCAUCGCCCUUAAAUUACUAUCAAUUUCCCGCCAGUUGUUGUACUUCGGUCAAUGAAGUAAUUUGCCAUGGCAUACCUGACACUCGACCCUUACAAGAUGGCGACAUUUGUAACGUUGACGUUACGGUAUAUCACAAUGGUUUUCAUGGAGAUUUGAACGAGACCUUUCUAGUUGGUAACGUAAAACCGGAAGUAAAAAAGUUGGUAGAAGUGACAUACGAAUGCUUAUCUAAGGCCAUCGAUAUUGUAAAACCUGGUGAAAAAUACAGAGAGAUUGGUAAUGUUAUUCAAAAGCAUGCACAGGCACAUGGUUUCAGCGUGGUUCGUAGCUAUUGCGGUCAUGGGAUUCAUCGUUUGUUUCACACCGCACCGAAUGUGCCGCAUUACGCCAAAAAUAAAGCGGUAGGUGUUAUGAAACCCGGACAUUGUUUUACAAUCGAGCCGAUGAUAUCUCAGGGAACGUGGAAGGACGAAACAUGGCCAGAUAAUUGGACCGCUGUUACAUCGGAUGGUCAAUGGUCGGCACAAUUCGAACAUACGCUUUUAGUAACAGAGACCGGUUGUGACAUUCUUACGAAACGGCAUACGAAUGACGGUAGGCCAUGGUUUACAGAUCACUUGUAGUAACGUAUUCUUUAUUUUCUUACAAUAUCUAAAAUGAAAUUCAUAUGAGAAUCAAUAGAAGAAUCUAGAUAUAUCUAAUCCAAGUUACUCAACCUUAUAUAUUCUACAAGAUAAAAUAACUUUCUGUUUUUGCGAUUGUACAGUAAUAAUAACAAGAAAUAAGAAUAAAUACGAUAUAAUUUGGUUACCCUUUCAAUUUUCUGUAGAGGCAUUUGUUACGCGCACUUGCCAGUAUAUAAUAAUUUUGAAUACUUAAAUUCUAAGAUUAAAACUGUAAGUUUUUAUGAGAAGAAAAAGUUAAAGAUAAUAAACUAAUAAUUUGUACU